AGUAUUUCCAAAAGCUGGGUAUGAACACUGUAGAUGGAGAGAUGAUAUGAUACAAGUUGUGAAGAUCGACAAGAAAACGAGUUUCGAAGAUUCACUGAUAUGAUAUCAGUAGUGGCUUCAAUGGGUGCUCAAGAGAAGUCUUCUAGCACCAACAACUCGAUGCAGCGUGUAAAGGUCUAUCGUCUGAAUGAUGAUGGGAAGUGGGAUGACCAGGGAACAGGGCAUGUAACUGUAGAUUAUCUAGAGAGAUCGGAAGAACCAGGUUUACUUGUAACUGAUGAACACGAGCAUGAAACGUUGCUUAUGCACCGCAUCAGUGCAGAGGAUAUCUACCGUAAGCAAGAAGAUACAAUUAUUUCUUGGAGGGAUCCGGAGUAUUCAACUGAACUGGCUCUUAGUUUUCAAGAGACCACUGGCUGCUCAUACAUAUGGGACAGCAUCUGUAGUGUGCAGAGAAACAUGCAAUUCAGUAGCCUUAAUUAUGAGACAUUUCAUAGUGCCAGCAGUGACUUGAGAGAACUGCCUCCAGUUGAGCUAUCUACGCUUCCCUUGAUAUUAAAGAUAGUUGUAGAGAGUGGUGUUGCUGAUCAGUUGCGUGUGACAGAACUAAUAUUGCAUGAUCAAGAUUUUUUCGGAAAGCUGAUGGAUUUAUUCAGAAUCUGUGAAGACCUGGAGAAUGUUGACAGUCUUCACAUCAUUUUCAAAAUAGUUAGAGGAAUUAUUUUGCUCAAUAGUUCCCAGAUCUUUGAAAAAAUAUUUGGUGAUGAGUUGAUUUUGGAUAUUGUUGGAUGCCUUGAAUAUGACCCAGAGGCACCACAUAUCCAUCAUCGCAGUUUUUUGAAGGAGCACAUCGUAUAUAAGGAGGCCAUACCUAUCAAAGAUUCGGUAGUCCUUUCAAAGAUACGUCAAACUUAUAGAGUUGGCUAUCUAAAGGAUGUCGUGUUGUCUCAAAUGUUGGAUGAGGCAACAAUAGCAAAUCUCAAUUCCAUAAUCAGUUUGAACAAUGCAAUGGUUGUAUCUCGCCUGAAAGAUGAUAAUACCUUUAUUCAGGAAUUAUUUGCGAAGUUGAGUUCACCUUCUACUUCUGCAGAAUCAAAGAAAAAUUUGAUACACUUUUUGCAUGAGUUUUGCACGUUGAGUAAGAGCUUACAGAUGGUCCAGCAAGUUCGGCUGCUCAGGGAUCUUGUUAAUGAGGGCAUAUUCGAUAUUAUAGUUGAUAUUUUGCAGAGCUCCGACAAAAAGCUUGUACUGAUGGGGACAGACAUUCUGAUUCUUUUGAAUCAGGACCCAAAUCUUCUGCGGUCUCAUGUAAUUCGUCAGGAAGGUCUUUCUCUUUUUGGACUUCUGGUCAGAGGUAUGCUAACAGAUUUUGGUGAUGACAUGCACUGCCAGUUUAAUGAUAUUCUUCGCAGUCUAUUAGAUUCAUAUGCGUCAGGAUUACAGAGGGACACUAUUGUUGAAAUUUUUUAUGAGAAGCACCUAACCGGAUUGGUUCAAACUAUAACAUUAUCCUGCCCUCCAAAUGGGGAUUCACUAUCAGUCAGUGAGUCUGCAAACACUGAUGGAGGAAAUGUGAAGCAAAGUUGUGUGAAGCCUGAAAUACUUCUAAAUAUAUGUGAUCUCUUAUGUUUUUGUGCCGUGCACCAUCCUUAUAGAAUAAAGUGCAGCUUUCUUCUUAAUAAUGUGGUAGAUAAAGUUCUGUUGUUGACACGAAGAAGAGAAAAGUACCUAGUAGUUGCUGCUGUUAGAUUCGUGAGAACUCUUAUUUCCCGCAAUGAUGAGUAUUUGAUGAAUCAUAUCGCCGAGCAGAAUCUUUUAAAACCAAUUGUUAAUGCUUUUGUUGCUAAUGGAGAUCGCUAUAAUCUUCUGAACUCGGCUGUUCUAGAGCUUUUUGAGUACAUCCGUAAGGACAACUUAAAAAUAUUGCUCAAGUAUUUAGUGGACUCAUUUUGGGAUGAGUUGGUCAAGUUUGAAAAAUUCUCAUCCAUCAACUCUCUGAAAGUUAAAUAUGAGCAGUCCCUAGAGGAUUCGGGGAUGAGAAGUGUUGGAAAUUUAUUAGACCCGAGGAAACGAGUUGAUGAGCGUAGUUUAGAGAAAGAAGAAGAAGAUUAUUUCAACGAAGAGAGUGAUGAGGAAGAUUCUGCAUCAGCCUCUGUGGUGAAUGCAAGCAGAGUGAAGUCUCAACUGGCGGUGCCGAAUGGAUCUGCUCCGACCUACACAUCUGAUAGAUCCGGGGGAGUUGUUGAUUCUGGGGAUGACGACAACGAUGAAGAUUAUAAGCCACCACCUAAGAAGCAGUCAGAUAAUUCUGAUGAAGAUGGAGCAGACUCUUUUCCGUUGAAACGGAAGGUGGCUCCCAAAGAAGACCCUGAGCCAAAAAGGUUGCAACGUGUUGCUAAGGGUUCUAAAUCAAGGGACAGUGUUUUUGCUGCUUUAUGCUCAACCUUAAGUCAAGCUGUGUUGCCCUCCAAAACUACAGAAAGUCCUGCUGAUAAUGGGAGUGCUGCACCAGGUAGCCCUCAAUCUGAUGAAAACAAGAGAUCUGUUGAGGCUAACCAUGAUGAGGAAGGGAGUUUUUCUGAUAAUGGUAAUGCUGAUUUUGAAAAUCAUGCCAACAAACAAGCAACUUCUCCUAAAAAAAAUUCUGAAAGCUUGCACAAAUCUCCAGAUAGUAGGAAGCAUGAAGAAGACUGUCCAUUGAUACAACCAAAGUCAUCUCCUGAAAUGGCUGUAAAUGGAUCGUAAUAUUUCAAGAUUCAUGAUACCAUUUUGACUCAUGUUAUGAUCAACUCUCUUUGAGCAUGUGCUUGUGCAGAUAAGCUAAUCUGUCCAAGUUCCAGAGCAAGAAUUUGGUUAGUUGGUGAUUUUGGAAUUUUACGAGUAUUGGUGGAGAGGAGUAUGUACAGUGCUGUUACAAGCAUGGGGAGAGAUUAGUGGCUUCCCAAAAUGCUUCAUAGCUAGAGAAUUUUCUUCCAUUCUUUACUUCUUUUUUUUCCCAUUUUCCUUGGUUAUGUGAACCAUAUGUAGUAGGGCAUCAAUUUUUGACCUUGCAAGGUGUUCUUGCGUUUAAUGGUCAAUGGUGAUCAGCAGUUACUGUGGGAGGUUAGUGAAUCCUGCUUGAGGCCAAGUUUCCUACUCAUGUUUGUGUAACUUAUAGGGAAUUGUACAUUAUCGUAAUUCCAGUGAUACGUUGUCUA